AUGUACAAUACAGCAUCACAACAAAAUGUCAUCAACUAUCCAUAUAAACCAAAUACUAUACUUAAAGUAGUUGCAGGUCCAGGAUCAGGUAAAACACAGACUUUGCUGAUGAAAAUUAAAAAAAUGAUCCAAAAUGAUGAGUUGUUACCUCAUCAAAUCCUAAUAUUAUCAUUAACCAACAAAGCCAUUGAUAACAUUGUAAGUAAUUUAUCCAAACUGAGUGAUGAUAGUAACGGCAUUGAUAACAGACUUAUUUCCUCGCUAAAUAUUCAUACGGUUCAUUCGCUGGCCAAUAAAAUUGUGGAAUAUAACGAAGGUGCAGUAGAUAUUAUUGAAGAUAAUGGAUGGAGAGGAUUGUUAAAACUAAUACCUGGAAAAGCCACUGGAGACGGCUUUUUCAUUAAUAAUAACAACAAUACCAAAAUGAACCCCAGAACCCUGGAAAGAUUAAUUCAAAAUUUUAAAAAUGGUAAGUACAUCAACCAUAAUAAAAAGAUGGGAGAAAUCUUAAGAGAGUUAACUGAAAUCCUAAACACUUCGAAAGUGUAUACCAAUGAUGAUUUGAUCAUCAAAGCAUCCAAAUAUCUGCAAAAGAACCAGUAUCCACUGAUUCAUAACGACAUUAAAUUAGUUCUUAUUGAUGAAUAUCAAGAUCUCUAUCCACUAUUAACACCUUUUAUCAGAAGUCUAAUGAUGAAUCAAGAUAAUACACCUAACGAUAAACAAUUAAUAAUUUUUGGUGAUAUUAAUCAAAGCAUUUAUGAGUUUUUAGGGAAUAAUAAACAGGUUAUAGAUGAGCUAGUAAAUAUGCCUGGCUACACCACUGACAUUAUACAUUUGGAGGAUAACUUUAGAUCAAGUAAAGAAAUCGUAGAGUAUUCCAGGCUUUGCAAACCCUUUAAAAACGCCACCUUGGACAAAAAAACACAUGAUUAUCAUAAUAAGCCAGAAAGCGGUGUAUCUCCACAAAUCAUGAAUUUCUAUUAUAAUAAGCCCAUGGAUAUUUUUUAUGAACCUUUAGACUUUAUAUUAAAUGAAAUCUGUAAAUUGAUUUGUUCAACUCAUGUUAAGUUGUCGGAUAUUGCUAUUUUGGCCAGAUCAAAUGCAGAACUAUCCAUUUUAAAAUCGUACUUUAACAAUUUUGGAAUUCCAGUGGAGAAAUUAACACCACAGCCUUCAUGGACAUUGGAUUCUAAUAUUGUUUUUUUGAUAGAUUUAAUGAGGCUAGCUAAUAUAGUAUCAACUGUUGAUGAAGGGAAAAAGCUUGAUUUUAGAAGGGGAGAUUUUGAAACCAUGCUAAGUCUAAGUGCACAAAGGAUGAUAGGUCCUAAAACAAUCCAAUUAUUAUAUCAUAAUAGUCAGCUGUCAGGGUUAUCUAUGUGGGAUUUUAUACUUGCAAAAAAGUAUCCGAUUGGCGUUAAUAAGCCUGCUUUACUUUCAUAUUUGAAUAAUAUGAAAGAUGAGAUCCCCAACUGGUAUAAGAUUACUGAUGCAGACGAAUUGUUUACGAGAGUCUGUGUUUUGGGUUAUAAAUUUGGAAUUUCAAAUGGUGUAACAACGGCAAUUGAUAGCAUUGAAGAAUUUGAAAAAAAUAUAACCCAAUUUUAUAAAACUUUAAAGCUUUGCGAAUUAAAUAAACCGCCAGAGGAGAGUUUACUAUCGUGGUUUUUGGAAAAGUAUUUAGAAGAGAGUUGUAUUUAUGCAAAACACUUGAAAGACGAAUCCAUGAAAGAUAUAGGGCAUUUGCAAAUAUCUACUGUGCAUGCAUCUAAAGGUUUGGAAUUUCCUAUUGUAUUUGUUUUGGAUAAAUGGAGGCUUGCUACAAAUAGAGGAUAUGGUAAUGAUACGGCCCCUGGAGAAUAUCGAUCAGGACUUGAGCCUAAUGUUAAAGGGGUUAUGAUUAAACCUUCUUUACCUAUCACCAGGGUGAUAUCGUUAACAGCAAAGAAUUCCCUUUUCACUUCAACAAGAGUAUUUCAAAAUAACACUAAUAGCCCUAUCACUACUACACAAAAGAAAAAGCCUCUAAGUAGGAUCCCCAUUGGUGGUUCACACGAGAGUAACUCAUCUGCAAAUUUGAAAAAACCCACCACUAUAGAAUUCACCACAUGGAAAGCUGGUGCUUUAUUGAUUGUUGUUGGUAGUGUUUUGUUCUAUGUCUUCAACAAGGAAAAGAAAAGAUUGCAAAUAGAGAAAGAAGCCGAAUCCAAUAGAGGGUACGGUAAACCACUAAUUGGUGGUGCCUUUAACUUGAUAGAUUUUAAUGGCAACCCAUUCACUGAAAAGAAUUUACUAGGAAAGUUUAGUAUUUUAUAUUUUGGAUUUUCGCAUUGUCCAGAUAUUUGUCCCGAAGAGUUGGAUCAAUUAGGCAAUUGGUUAGACGAGUUGGAAAAGAGAGGUAUUAAGGAUAUCCAACCAAUUUUUGUUACAUGCGAUCCAGCAAGGGACAGCCCAGAAGUAUUGAAAGAAUAUUUGAGUGAGUUUCAUCCUGGUAUCAUUGGGUUAACGGGUACUUAUGAUGAAGUUAAAAACGCAUGUAAAAAAUACAGGGUUUAUUUCUCAACACCCCCAAAUGUUAAACCUGGACAAGAUUAUUUGGUUGACCAUUCGAUUUUCUUUUAUUUAAUGGAUCCCGAAGGUGCAUUUGUUGAUGCGUUAGGGAGACAAUAUGAUGGUAUUACAGGUGCUAAUAAAAUUGAAGAGCAGAUUAAGACUUAUGUUCCAAAAGCUGAGCGUGAAAAAAGGAAAAAAUCUUGGUACUCGUUUUUGUUUUAA